AUUGUCAGUGAAGGGUGACAUUGUCCCCGAUAAGGGGCAUAUAUAUAAAGGAUCACAUCACGGUCAGAGUUACGUGGCAGUCGGUGUCUCAACGCUAAAGAUGUAUGCUAUUUGUGUAUUGCUAGUAUGUGUUCACAUUUCAAGAGCAGUUACUCCCCAAUUUAGCUCUGCUCAACAGAUGGGAAUAGUUGGGAGCCAUGAAGUUGACGAGGCGUCUGGACUCGCCGCCAGCAGGGAACACGCUGGUGUUCUGUACACCCAGAACGACAAAGGGGACAGCAGUAGGAUAUUCGCAAUAGCUGCUGACUCAGGCAAGCUUCUGGCCACAAUGAAGAUCGCUCACAUUGCCAACUACGACUGGGAGGACCUGGCGGUGGGCCCGUGUCCUGGGGCGGGGUCGUGCAUCUACAUCGCAGAGACGGGGGACCACGCGGGCGACGGCGCCAAGGACAUUAUCUACAGGGUGAAGGAACCGGCUGUCAUCAAGGACCAGACGCUCAAUGUCCUGGACCAGUUGCACUUCAGAUGGGCAGAGCAGGACUGCGAGUGUGUGAUGGUUGACCCAGCCGGAAACACCUACGUGGUGUCCAAGGUCCAUGGAGGACGUGGCCUCAUUGCCAAACUUCCAUCCUUCGGCUGGGGGGGUACCACCGUGGAUGCAGGUCCCUCCGAGCGCGUCCCCAUCACCUCCACCCACAACGACCCCAACGGCUGUGACAUCUCCCCCGACGGCAAAGAGAUGUUGAUCAAGGCCCGUGAUGCAGUGUACUAUUGGGCGGUGCCUGACGGCGAUUAUGUGUCUGCUGUAAAGAACGCACCUGCAAAAUUACCCUACCAUCCUGAGCCACGUGGAGAAUCUGUUGCCUGGACUCCCAAUGGAGAUGGCUAUUACACACUGUCUGAAGGGAAGAACCAGCCUCUUUACCUGUACAAACGUGUGUAGAUCAAAUGAUGCCUCGAGAACCAUGAACACUGUUGAAGGCACUGAUUAACACUUUCACAUAACAAUGAGUUUAUAUAUGGAUGUUGGCGUCCUUGAAUUUAAUGAAAAUGACAUUUACAUAUUGUGGAAUGGAUCUCGGCCUUUGAUGUAGUUGUCCUUGGAAAUUAUAUAUAAAUGUUUUACAUAAAUGUC